GCUGGACAAGGCUUCGCGUACGAACAGUCUAUGGUCCGUCCAAUCACAGCAACUCAAAGGGAGUGAUGGAUAGAUAUGAGAAGGGGCGUUGGUGUGGCUCCAAAUAAAACACGAAAUGUUGCGAGAAUAGUUUAUUUACACACACUUCAUCUCGUUGCUAAGAGUCAUAAUCUUGGUUAACAAGUUCAAAUUCUGGUGAAUUCUUAAUGGAAAUGUGUGGAGCCACAGCUCUGACAUGGUCGCACACCAUCUCUCCAUCCCUUCACCUUCCUCGACCACUCCCUACCAGAGAGGCUAGGACCUUCAAGGUUUUCUGUGUCUCUGAUCAAGACUCCAAGGGAAAUAAAAUGAUCAUCUCUAUAACUGGAGCAACCGGAUUUAUUGGUAAAAGGUUGGUGCAAAGACUGCAAGCAGACAAUCAUAGUGUUCAUGUCUUGACGCGAUCUAAAUCUAAAGCAGAAACAAUUUUUCCGGCAAAAGACUUUCCAGGAAUCAAGAUUGCAGAGGAGAUAGAAUGGAAAGAUAGCAUUCAGCGCUCAACGGGGGUUGUGAAUUUAGCUGGAUUGCCCAUAAGUACCCGAUGGUCUCCUGAGAUAAAGAAGGAAAUCAAGCAAAGCAGGAUUAGAGUGACCUCGAAGGUUGUAGAAUUUAUAAACAGUGCACCAGAUGAUAUUCGACCUAAAGUUUUUGUUAGUGCAACAGCUGUUGGUUAUUAUGGUAGCAGUGAGACACAAGUCUUUGAUGAACAAAGUCCAUCAGGAAAGGAUUACUUGGCUGAGGUUUGUAGGGAAUGGGAAUCCACAGCCCUAAAGGUAAACGGAGAUGUUAGAGUGGCUCUAAUUCGCAUUGGUGUUGUUCUUGGUAAAGAUGGUGGAGCACUAGCUAAAAUGAUACCUUUAUUCAACUUGUUUGCUGGUGGGCCUCUAGGCUCUGGAAAACAAUGGUUCUCCUGGAUUCAUUUGGAUGACAUUGUCAAUUUAAUAUAUGAAGCGCUAUCAAAUCCAUCUUACAAAGGUGUUAUCAAUGGAACUGCACCAAAUCCUGUGCGAUUGGCAGAGUUGUGUGAGCAGCUGGGACAUGUCUUGGGUCGUCCUUCAUGGCUGCCGGUACCCGACUUUGCGCUCAAGGCUGUCCUUGGAGAAGGUGCUACUGUGGUUUUAGAUGGGCAGAGAGUGGUUCCUACUCAAGCUAAGAAGUUGGGUUUCCCAUUCAAAUAUCCUUACGUGAAGGAUGCCCUUAAAGCAAUUCUUUCUUGAAGCGAUUUUGGCAUACCAACUGCUAUAUUCUUUAUUCUUUUGAAUCGUGCUUCAUCAGCCUUUUCCGGGCAUUAGUGGCAUUCACCGUAUUCAGAUUUUUGAAAGCAGUAUACCUUUGAAGAUAUGGCUGGAUUGUAGUCAACCUUUUAUUUGAUCAUGUCAUUCAUGUGAAUUGUAGCUAAUUAUCAUAACGUAACUAAUAAAUAAACACACCAAUACCGCUUGUUAUAGGAUAUUAAUAAAUAAACACGACAUCAUAUUGAUCA